CCCGUGCACUGAGGCGCUCGCGCUCACACGGAGACUCCAGGAGCGCGAGAGGAGGAGGAGGAAGUUUUAGGAGACGAAGAAGAGACGAGAGAAGAACUUCUACAGUUUAAACGGUUUGUGCUGAAUCAUCCUGAUCGAUCAGGUCUCUGCUGUAGACGAGACUAAUCAAUGAUCCUGAUACCAACCUGAUACCUGCUACUGAUCGCUGAUACUGGAUUAUUGAUCGCCAGAGAGAAGCAGUCGACUGUUUGUGAGACUAAAAUCCAACAACCGGUUUUUAUUGGUCAGCUGGCUCGUUACGAAGGCUGUGAUUGGUUGGUUAACCAGGGAAACUAUUGAUCAGGGUCAUUAAAAGUUGAUCAAUGGCCGCGUCAGAACUGAUCCAGGACGCCGACGACGUCCGCCCUCAUGUGGAAGCUAACGUGACCACAAUGAACCCCCCCUCGCCACCGCAUCCUCCGAGGGUUGCCAACGGUAACCCGACCCGCCUCACGUCCUCGCCGACGCUCGCCGCCGACACUCACGACGGCAAAGGCAGCAGCAAACUGAGCAGCCUGCUGAAACAGAACCAGCUGAUCCACUCCCUGAGCAGCGGGCUGCGGAAACACUGCGACUACGUCAAGAUCAGCGUGCCGGAGGAGCUGGCGGACCGCCUCCCCAGGGAGUGGUGGAAGACGGGCGUGGCCUUCCUCUACGCCAUAUUCAACCUCUUCUUCACUACCGUCAUCAUCACCGUCGUCCACGAGAGGGUGCCGGACAAGUCGGUGAGCCCGCCGCUGCCCGACAAGUUCUUCGACUACGUGGACCGAGUGCCGUGGGCCUUCACCGUCACCGAGGUCAACGGGCUGAUCCUGGUCGGACUCUGGCUCGUCCAGUGGCUCCUCCUCAAACACAAAGCUAUAAUUGGUCGUCGCUGUUUCUUCCUGAUCGGGACUCUCUACAUGUAUCGCUGCGUCACCAUGUACAUCACCACCCUGCCUGUGCCGGGGAAACACAUGGUCUGCGCUCCGAAGCUCUACAACGAUUCAACGGGGAAAAUAUGGAGGAUUUUGAGGCUGAUCUCAGGAGGAGGUUUGUCUCUGACCGGCUCUCACCUGAUGUGCGGCGACUUCCUGUACAGCGGCCACACCGUCAUGUUGACGUUGUCUUACCUCUUCAUCAAAGAGUACUCUCCUCGCUGGAUGUGGUGGUAUCACUGGCUCUGCUGGCUGCUCAGCGCCUCGGGAGUCCUCUGCAUCCUCAUCGGUCACGAGCACUACAGCAUCGACGUGGUGAUCGGGUACAUCGCCACCACCAGGACCUUCUGGUGGUACCACACCAUGGCCAACUCACACGCGCUGCGUCAAGCUCCCAACAACUACCUGUCGAGGACGUGGUGGAACCCGAUCUUUAACUUCCUGGAGAGGAACGUUCAGACGACUGUUCCCAUCGUGUUCUCGUCGCCGCUGCCGCUGCCGUCCUGCUGCAGGCAGCGCUACCGGAUGGUGGAGGGCGGCAGGGACGAGUGAGAGCUGCAUCCAUCACCACGCCGGUGACAAAGGACGGGGAACUUUAACAUCAGUUUAUUUAUUAGAAGCAACAUUUCCAGCGUACUGAGGAAGAGGAGACACUGAAGGGAGGAAGAGGAUGUUUACAUUAUCACUGGGUAUUAGUUCAUCAGCAGGUUUAA